AUGGAUGCGCCCCCAAUCCCUCCUCCUCCACCCCCUUUACAGUCUACCUCGUCGCUUUUAUCGUCUAGCUGGAGGCCAUCAACCGAUAGUAACCGACAAGCACGUUCUACCAUAUCUGCGUCGCCCAAGCCCACCACUCCCCGGCUGGACGCUAAGACAUUACAGCACGCAGUCGCUGGCUUACGCAAGACCGAGUACGGUCGAUCGUUACAGGGUGACAUCGAGAAUUUAUCCAAUGGACGAUUGGACGGAACGGAUCAACAAUUGUCUGGACGAUAUCGGCCGAACAAUUCGUUCGAUGUCCCGAUGGAAGGAAGUCAAACCGGAGCAACGUUUCAUGCUUCGCCCAAUGAUACCCGUGACUUUAUGCCGGUCAGGAACGUUUAUCGAAACUCCGAUACGUUAAAUAACACAUCAUUUACUGAACGGUCAACAUUUCAACAAUCACAAACUAUCCCACUUUCAUCUUAUCACGGUAAUCAGCAACAAUCACAAACUAUGCCAUUUUCAUCUUAUCAUAAUAGUCAGCAGCAAUCACAAACUAUACCAUUUUCAUCUUAUCACAGUAAUCAGCAGCAAUCACAAACUACUCCAUUUUCGUCUUAUCACAGUAAUGAGCAACAGUAUUCAUUCUCUCAAUAUCAAAGCAGCAAUGGAACGAUACCUAAUGAUGUACCAUAUAUUACCGAUCCAAAAUCGUAUAUUCGAGCAUAUGCAACUCAAACACCAGCUUAUACAGUAAUGGAUUCAACAGAUAGAGACGCUUAUCAUUCUAUGAACAACAAUUAUCAUAAUACAGGACGACGUAUACCAAACAGUAAUAUCAAUAAAUCUUAUCAAUUUGUUAAGGAACUUCGAGAUCAAAGUUUAACGAAAACUCAACGUAUCGCAAAUCAAUUCCAACAAUCGCAACUACGCGAUCUACCAGCACCAAAAAGCAUGGAAAGUAUUUAUCAACAAAAAGAACGUCUUGGUCGCGAUCAUAUCGAUUCAUUGAUUCGUGAUAUGGAAAGGAAGCUAAAAACUGGUACUGAAGGUAAAAUAUUCACUAGUGUUUGCUUUUUUUGUAUGAGAAUUUUAAAAUUUGCAGAUUUAAACGGGAUUUUCUUUUUCAAUCAAUAA